GCGGCUGCGGCGAGGCGAGCCCCGCGCGAGUGCGCUGCGAGGCGGGCCGCAGGGAGGGAGGCGCGAAGAGGGCGCGAGGGUGGCAGCCGGAGGGAACCGCCGCCCCUGCCCGCCCAGGUCCCCGCGGGGCGCAUGGGGCUCUUCGAGCCGGGAUCGCGCGCGCGCCCCGCGCCCAGCUGUCUGCUGUCGUGAGGAGCCGCGCCGGGACGCCCCCCAGACGCUGUGCUGUCGGGAGGAUGACCAUGGCCGGAGGCAGGAGGGGACUGGUGGCUCCGCAAAACACAUUUCUGGAGAAUAUUGUCCGCCGGUCCAAUGAUACUAAUUUUGUGUUGGGGAAUGCCCAGAUAGUGGACUGGCCUAUCGUGUACAGCAAUGAUGGAUUUUGCAAGCUGUCUGGCUAUCACAGGGCGGAAGUGAUGCAAAAAAGCAGUACCUGCAGUUUUAUGUAUGGGGAGCUGACCGAUAAAGACACAAUUGAGAAGGUGCGGCAAACAUUUGAGAACUAUGAGAUGAAUUCCUUUGAAAUUUUGAUGUACAAGAAGAACAGGACACCUGUGUGGUUCUUUGUGAAAAUUGCUCCAAUUCGAAAUGAACAGGAUAAAGUGGUUUUAUUCCUUUGCACUUUCAGUGACAUAACAGCUUUCAAACAGCCAAUUGAGGAUGAUUCAUGUAAAGGCUGGGGGAAGUUUGCUCGGCUGACCAGAGCACUGACGAGCAGCCGGGGGGUCCUGCAGCAGCUGGCCCCUAGCGUGCAAAAAGGCGAGAACGUCCACAAGCACUCCCGCCUGGCCGAGGUCCUGCAGCUGGGCUCAGACAUCCUUCCCCAGUACAAGCAAGAGGCACCAAAGACUCCCCCUCACAUCAUCUUACAUUACUGUGUUUUUAAGACCACGUGGGAUUGGAUCAUCUUGAUCUUAACGUUCUAUACAGCCAUCUUGGUCCCUUACAAUGUCUCCUUUAAAACCAGGCAGAACAACGUGGCCUGGCUGGUUGUGGAUAGCAUCGUGGAUGUCAUCUUCUUGGUGGACAUUGUGCUGAAUUUUCACACCACCUUUGUUGGACCAGCUGGGGAGGUGAUUUCCGACCCCAAACUCAUCCGCAUGAACUACCUGAAGACGUGGUUUGUGAUUGACCUUCUCUCCUGUUUGCCCUAUGAUGUCAUCAACGCUUUUGAGAACGUGGAUGAGGUUAGUGCCUUUAUGGGUGAUCCAGGGAAGAUUGGUUUUGCUGAUCAGAUUCCACCACCCCUGGAGGGGAGAGAGAGUCAGGGCAUCAGCAGCCUGUUCAGUUCUCUGAAAGUUGUCCGGCUGCUUCGUCUGGGACGAGUAGCCCGUAAGCUGGACCACUACAUUGAAUAUGGAGCUGCCGUCCUGGUCCUGCUGGUGUGUGUGUUUGGACUGGCUGCUCAUUGGAUGGCCUGCAUUUGGUACAGCAUCGGGGACUAUGAGAUCUUCGACGAGGACACCAAGACCAUCCGCAACAAUAGCUGGCUUUACCAAUUGGCAAUGGACAUUGGCACCCCUUACCAGUUUAAUGGGUCCGGCUCAGGGAAGUGGGAAGGUGGUCCCAGCAAGAAUUCUGUCUAUAUCUCCUCGUUGUAUUUCACCAUGACCAGCCUCACCAGCGUGGGCUUUGGGAACAUUGCCCCGUCCACAGACAUCGAGAAGAUCUUUGCAGUGGCCAUAAUGAUGAUUGGCUCCCUUCUGUAUGCCACAAUCUUCGGGAAUGUGACGACCAUUUUCCAACAAAUGUACGCCAACACCAACAGGUACCAUGAGAUGCUCAACAGCGUUAGAGACUUCCUGAAGCUCUACCAGGUCCCAAAGGGGCUGAGCGAGCGAGUCAUGGAUUACAUCGUGUCCACCUGGUCCAUGUCCAGAGGCAUCGACACAGAGAAGGUCCUGCAGAUCUGCCCCAAGGACAUGAGAGCCGACAUCUGCGUGCACCUGAACCGCAAGGUGUUCAAGGAGCACCCAGCUUUCCGACUGGCCAGCGACGGCUGCCUGCGCGCGCUAGCCAUGGAGUUCCAGACGGUGCACUGCGCCCCGGGGGACCUCAUCUACCAUGCAGGGGAGAGUGUGGACAGCCUCUGCUUUGUGGUCUCCGGCUCCCUGGAGGUGAUCCAGGAUGACGAGGUGGUGGCCAUCCUGGGGAAAGGAGACGUGUUUGGAGAUGUGUUCUGGAAGGAAGCCACCCUUGCCCAGUCCUGUGCCAACGUUAGGGCCCUGACCUACUGUGACCUGCAUGUGAUCAAACGGGACGCCCUGCAGAAAGUGCUGGAAUUCUACACGGCCUUCUCCCAUUCCUUCUCCCGGAACCUCAUUCUCACCUACAACUUGAGGAAGAGGAUCGUGUUCCGGAAGAUCAGCGAUGUGAAACGAGAGGAAGAAGAGCGCAUGAAACGGAAGAACGAGGCUCCGCUGAUCUUGCCCCCGGACCACCCAGUCCGGCGACUCUUCCAGAGGUUCCGACAGCAGAAGGAGGCCAGGCUGGCCGCGGAGAGAGGGGGCCGGGACCUGGAAGACCUGGACGUGGAGAAGGGCAAUGUCCUCAUGGAGCACGCCUCGGCCAACCACAGCCUCGUGAAGGCCAGCGUCGUCACCGUCCGCGAGAGCCCCGCCACGCCCGUGUCCUUCCAGGCGGCCUCCGCCUCUGGGGUGUCCGACCACGCCAAGCUGCACGCGCCCGGGUCCGACUGCCUGGGCCCCAAGGGGGGCGGGGGCGACUGCGCCAAGCGUAAAGGCUGGACCCGCUUCAAGGAUGCUUGCGGGAAGGGUGAGGACUGGAACAAGGUGUCCAAGGCCGAAUCCAUGGAGACGCUCCCCGAGAGAACAAAGGCGUCAGGCGAGGCCACGUUGAAGAAGACAGACUCGUGUGACAGCGGCAUCACCAAGAGCGACUUACGUCUGGACAACGUCGGUGAGGCCAGGAGCCCUCAGGACCGGAGCCCCAUCUUGGCAGAGGUCAAGCAUUCUUUCUACCCCAUCCCUGAGCAGACGCUGCAGGCCACCGUCCUAGAGGUGAAACAUGAGCUGAAGGAGGACAUCAAGGCCUUGAAUACCAAAAUGACAAAUAUUGAGAAACAGCUCUCUGAGAUACUCAGGAUAUUAACUUCCAGAAGAUCCUCUCAGUCUCCCCAGGAGCUGUUUGAAAUAUCGAGGCCCCAGUCCCCAGAAUCAGAGAGAGACAUUUUUGGAGCGAGCUGAGAGGUCUGUUAAAAAAAAAAAAAAAAGAUAUCCAACAUGAAAACAUAUAGCCCUGCCCUAGACACCACCCCACCACACACCCCUACACGACCAACAACUUUCCAAGUAAGCUUUUCCUGACAGAAAAUCAAAGUGGGACCAUCGCUUGGGCACGCUGUCUCUCUUUUUCUAUAUCUGGGAAAAGAUAAAGAAAGAGGAGUGUGCCACCACCCUGCAAGAUGGCAGCUGUGUCUGAACUGUCUCUGCACAAUUUUGGAAGAGGGGGCGUGCUGUCUAAAGGGUAUUUUCCUUCAUUUUUAAUUUUUUACUGCCAUGAUAUUUGUAAAAGAUGAAAACUACCAGAAAAGAAUAGCAGCCAUUUUGGGAUUGGUGGGAGGGCACCGGAGAACCCCUCGUAUAUAUACCCUGCUGGGCUCCUCCGCCAAGAACCCCAAAGACUGCGGUGGGCACAGGAUUUCCCAGCAUUCCCACUCCUUGGACAGCCUGUGUCUGACAUCACUGUAUAUUUUCCUACAGUAGUCAUUUGUAACAAGCUCAGGACAAGGGGAGCUCGAGGGACACGGAGGGUAGAGCCCUUCAACUUUCUGUCUCUAAUGGUUAAGGCCAAAAAGCAGCUGAGGUGCUGUGAGUGCCUCCCAUAGACACUUAGAGCCGGGAAUCCUCAGGUCUCAUUUCCCAAAAAGAGGUGAGUCAAGUGUAAGAGCUGGAGAGGGGCCCUCGGGAUCCAGAGAUUCUCUGGGCUGUGGUCUGCAGCCCACUCCUGUGGGAUAGCCGAUGGGGAGGGCUCUGGAGGUCCCGGAUGUCUCUCUGGCCCUGCUCCAUGCCAUUGGCCUCAUGGCACAGGCCCCUUUCCUUCUUUUCCUUCUCAACCUCCUCCCAAGUGUUCCUGUGGCAUUCCUCAGGGUAUGGGGCAUCGGCAGGAAGGGUGAUGAGCCCAGAGUUGCUUUUUUAGCAAAGCAGACACACACACAUACAACCUCAGAAAAACGAUUGUAGCAAGUGCUAUGUUUAUAUUAUGAUUCUCAUUGGGAUUGUUCUUCAGAAGUUUAUACUUUGUCCACUGCAUGGAGUCAUUACAGGACACUUGGGAGCCAUGCUUGGCCUUAUUAUAAAGCUAAUCCCUUCAUCUCCUACUAAAGUCAGUAGGACUUCAAGAAAAACCAUGAAAAGACACAUGAAAAGACACAGGGCCAUGAUUGUACUUACUUCAGGAGCUGGAGAAAGAGAAUGGGGCAGUGGGUUUUUAAAUGGUCUCUGUAAGGUGACAGAGAGAGGUGGCCAUGGAGCUGAGGUCCCAGGGAAGCUCCAAGCUCAGAACGAUGAUCAUGGAGCCACCUAUGGGCCAUUCAAAUUUGGGCACACUCCACUGCCUGGUAGUCACCUAGGGUCAGGUUAUUCGUGUACUUGGGCUUCUUUUAAUGCCAUCUGAAAAAGAGAAAAAGAAGUGCUCUCUCCCAAGUGUAGUGGAGCUAGCCCAGUGUGUGCCCUGCAGAGAGAGGUCAGGACCCUAAAAAUUGGCAAGCAAGGUUGGAAGUUCAGCUCUCAAACCUCAGCUUUGAGAGAGUGAAACCAGGAGAGCAGGUGACCUGCACAAUAGUGACAGCGUGGAAUCAUCCAGGGCGCUGACCUUCUGUGUUACUGCAUUGCUUUGUUGCAGAGACUCUGGACCCCAGCGUUGAUUUCCCUCAGUAGUGAAGGGACCCUAACAGGUCGGGACCUGCCCAACCAAAGACAUCCAGCAUUUCUGAACGCCUCCUGUCCGGGCCCACCUGUCCUUUUAGUACUGCCUCGUGGCCAUGGCAUGACCAGGUCUUGCCCUGAGUGGUCUGUGCAGAGUUGGGGGUGUCCUCUCCUGGCUCCCAGGGUUGGCACAGAGCAGAGUCUGGAGGUCAAGGGCAGGUCCUUCCCCUGAGGGCCUGCACACUCAUGCAGCUUCUCACGUGAGGAUUACUGGGUUGGCCCCUGGCUUCUGGAGGCUGCGACAUUAUUAGACUCAGCCUCAGGUGGCAGCAAAGAAGAGGAAGUGAAAUUUCCCAAGGCCGAGUCAUGACUGUGACUCUAGAUAAAGCCAUGGGGCUUUCAGCCUCUUUAACUUGAGAAGCUGCCAACUAGUCCUCGGGAUAGAGGCUGUGGAAUAUCUGGAACCCCAUCUGCCAGCUGCACCUGAACCGUUCUAGUUUGCCAUUCCUUAAACAUGCUCCUUAACCUGCCUCUAAAGUUUAGGGCCCACUACUUUUAAGGCAGGCAAGGGCCGUAAUAACUCCAACAUCCAGCUUCAGAAGCACCUGCCCCACUCUCCGGGGACUUGAUGACAGGCUCCCAUCCAGCAUCCUGCAGGCCAGUGUAAAGAGGCCCUUCUCCUCCCCACCAGCUCUGCCUGAGGGGUACCGGUGUCUAUUAAGAAUGACUCCCUGUCUGUGUCGGAGGGGCCAAGAUUCAAUGAAUGAGGCUUUGAAGUCCAGACUUGUUUGGGGGGAAAAAUAAAGCUUCACGGCUGUACUUCUGGAUUGACUGCCAGGGUUUGAACUGGGCUCAUGACUGGAAGCCCAGAUCUGCUCAUCUCGGGGUCGCAGAGCCCACAACACGUGCUCCUGUGGGUGACGGUGAGAGCACACAAGUGUGGCUGUAUAUGCUUUUAUUCUUCUCUGUUUAAGGAUUUUAGGGAUUUUUGUUAUCCUUGUUUUCUCUGAAAGAACAUUUUUUAAAUGAGCCAAAUCUUCUCUCCUUCCAUUUUUGUGACAUGCACUUAGCCCCCGGCUGCUUUGUGCCGACUACCUACUCUUGCCCAGGCAUUGCUCUGGGUUCCCGAGCAAGGACCGUGAGCUUCAGAUACCUCUGACUGAACCUUCCACUCUAAACCGAUAUCUGGUGGCUGAAGAGAGAUUAGGGAAACACAAAAUUAUUAGGUAUUGGACCCAAGAUUUAGACUUUGGAAAAGUUAUGCUGAGAGAUCUAGAUUUACCUGAGCUAAUUUUUUCUUUUUGAGGGAAGGGGAAGUGAUGUGUUUAUACCAUUGCCCAGUAAUUGCUGGUUACUUGAUCUCUUGCUUAAACUCCUUACUUUGAGUGGCCUUCAUAGGGAGGCUGCAUUUCCCCGAGAGUAUCCUGACAGGCUGCUUUGAAGUCGGAGGUCCUGCUGCUUGUUGAACAUGCUCUCCCCUAGUGAUGGAGGUGUGGGAGUCAGGGUUGAGUCUACCGAAUAAGAUGGUCAACAAGGUGGUGUGCUUGGUCUGGGUGGAGGGCACUGUUUCCAGCAAUGAGUGCCGCCUUUCCAUAUACACACAAGGGCUCCUCCCCUGGGUAUGACAAGAUUCCCGUAGGAAGGAAAGGGAGGCAGCCAUCUGGUUGAGUGCACAAUUUUGAUGUCUCCACCGUCAACCAUCUCCUUCCCUCACACUCAUACCCGCUGGCUUGGUUCUUUAUAAGACCGUUCUUUAUAUUCUGGACUACAGAUUAAAUCUGUGUGCAAAGAGUUUAUAGCUAGUAGUAGGCAACCAGUGGCUUUAAAAAACUCUGAUGUGUUAAUAGUGAGGGGCCCAAGUGUUUCAAAGCUGUUUCCAUUUCUUGUUAUCAGUUCCCGGGUCUGUUUUACCCUCAACCUUCUAGAUCCCAUGUGCUGUUGCUGGCCAGACAUCAGGCCAAUUCCUGGAAUCCUCUUUGAGAAGUGGAGAUAGCACAGCUCAGAGUAAAAAUGCACUCCACCACACCACCUCAUCCAGCAAGCUGCUUCUCUUGAAUCCUCAGGUGGAAGGUGAAAGUAUUAAGCCAACUGUCAAACUUUUUGUCCCAGUCUGUGAGGGGACUAAAUGAAUGCCUUAGGAAUACCAGGUGUAGGAAGAGCCUCAUGUCCCUGUUGCAUUGACCACCAUAUAGCACAUGCACCCCCUGGGAAAUUUUGGGAGCCCUGGUGGAGAGACAAGUUGAUGUGCAUUUGAUGAGUAGAUUGUAUGGUGUUUUGCAAUAAAGAUGUUUAGCCUUAAGACCCUUGAAUGGAACUCCAAAUGUGAUGGAGCUGCCAACACUCUUUCUCCUCUCCUCCUGCCUCACAUGGUGUUGCUUAAAGAGGAGGCCCGCUGAGGGCACACUCAGGGCCCCAGCGACUCUUCUGUCACUAAAUCAUCGUACUGCCUUCUUGCUCGCUUCAAUAAAAAUGACCUUCACCAGCUCUUGUGCCCUCCAACUGGAGGAGAUUUCACUGUCAUCUCAGCACUGACUUCAGCCAUCAGAGAAAGCGCCAUUUUCUCAUCCAAGGUGUUCACAUGGACAAGUUUUAAUUUCCACCCACCGUUCAAGAGAAUCGAUGUGAAUUUGCCUGCAGCUUAGUUUCAAAUGAAACUUCAUUCUCAUGCGAGCAUAUCAGACUUCUUCUGGAACCUCUAGAACUGGACUUGAACACCCCACAGGUGCCGGACCUGGUGGGUGCCCUCCCUGCCCACCAUUAAACUUUUCUUCGAGCCAUUGUCUCUUUAUCUGUGACAUCCGAGUCAGCCAACAGGUCCAUUAGUUGUUCAUCGAGAAGUUCACGGAUCUUGUAUCAGGAUAUAAACUGCUUUUGUGUUAAGAAAGAAUGCAACCCCCCAAUGAAUGUAUUCUCUUAAUAUUCAGACGCUGUAUUUGUGCAUCAGUUGGAGACUGUCCACAUCUGACAUUUUGCCAACACCGCAAGGACACUUCUACUCAUGAGUAGUUCAUCAUUCUGGGGCUUCUCCUUAUAUUAACACUCUUUCCACUAAGUCCCACCAAAUCCUUCUUUUUCCUUUGCAUCUGUCACUUUGUCCAAAUGAGCAUGAAUAAACAGAAGUGCAAAUGAGCUGAUGCUAUUUCUGUGGUCAGCUGAGGAUGCUGCCAGGAACUCCACUGUAUGUCUGCAGCUUGGGAAUGUUAAGAGGAACAUGUGGACCCCUCCAUUGAUGAUAUUUCCUUCUCAACAUUUUUAAACAAGCACAAAUGAUAUUUGUAAAAAAAAAGUUUAAUUUUAUUUAUUAUGGUAAUAAACUAUUUUAUACACGA